CCUCCGUAGUCUGCCGUUGAAACUUGACAGCUGAGCGACAAACGCUUCAAAAAUGAGCCAAUUAUCAGGAUAACAAAGGUUUUUGUGUUCAAGACUGGUUGUUUUUUUUUAUGUCAGCAUGAUCUGAAACUGCCCCUCACCCUGAUACAACUGCACAUUUACAUUUUGGCGGACUAAAGGCUGUUUAAUAGACAACAUCAUGUCGUUUCUGGUGGACUCAGUCAUCAUGUUCACCUCUCAGGUGCUGUUCUUUGGAUUUGGAUGGUUAUUCUUUAUGCGGCAACUUUUCAAAGACUAUGAGGUGCGUCAGUACGUUGUUCAGGUGGUUUUCUCGGUCACCUUCGCUUUUUCAUGUACCAUGUUUGAGCUCAUCAUCUUUGAGAUUCUGGGUGCCUUAAGUAGUAGUUCCAGGUAUUUCCACUGGAAGCUGAAUUUGUAUGUGAUUCUGCUAGUUCUCAUCUUCGUGGUGCCUUUCUACAUCGGUUACUUUGUUGUCAGCAAUAUACGCCUGCUGCAGAGACAGAGGCUCCUUUUUGCCUGUAUGGUGUGGUUUACCUUCAUGUAUUUCUUCUGGAAGUUGGGGGACCCAUUUCCUAUCCUCAGUCCAAAACACGGCAUCCUGUCCAUUGAGCAGCUAAUCAGUCGUGUUGGUGUGAUAGGAGUCACUCUCAUGGCUCUGCUGUCUGGCUUUGGUGCUGUCAACUGUCCCUACACGUAUAUGUCUUAUUUUCUCAGAAAUGUAACAGAAAGUGACAUCCUGGCUUUGGAGAGACGGCUGCUCCAAACUAUGGACAUGAUUGUCAGCAAGAAGAAACGAAUUGCAAUGACACGGAGGCAGAUGUACCAACGUGGGGAAGACCAGAACAAACAGACAGGAUUCUGGGGCAUGAUCAAGAGUGUUACCUCCACACAAACAGGCAGCGAAAACCUCUCUCUGAUCCAGCAGGAGGUCGAUGCUUUAGAGGAGCUGAGUCGACAACUCUUUCUUGAGACUGUGGACCUGCAAGCCACUAAGGAGCGAAUUGAGUACUCAAAGACAUUCCAGGGGAAAUACUUCAACUUCCUCGGCUACUUCUUUUCCAUCUAUUGUGUUUGGAAAAUCUUCAUGGCCACUAUAAACAUUGUGUUUGAUCGGGUUGGAAAGACGGAUCCAGUGACGAGGGGGAUCGAAAUUACAGUGAACUACUUGGGCAUCCAGUUUGAUGUAAAGUUUUGGUCCCAACACAUCUCCUUCAUCUUGGUGGGAAUAAUAAUCGUUACGUCCAUACGAGGCCUACUCAUCACCCUCACGAAGUUCUUCUACGCGAUAUCGAGCAGCAAGUCUUCCAAUGUUAUCGUGCUUGUCCUCGCUCAGAUUAUGGGGAUGUAUUUUGUGUCAUCGGUACUGCUGAUGCGAAUGAGUAUGCCGCUGGAAUAUCGCUCCAUUGUGUCAGAGGUGCUGGGAGAGCUGCAGUUCAACUUCUACCACCGCUGGUUUGAUGUCAUCUUCCUGGUCAGCGCCCUGUCAAGCAUCCUCUUCCUCUAUCUUGCACACAAGCAGUCACCAGAGAAACACAUGGCCCUCUGAUCCUCUACUCUUUUCCCACCUGGACAUGACUUCUUACUCACAGUGGGACUUGUAAUCUGUAAUUAAGGGAUAUCCAGGUAUCUCAUUUUUAAAAUAAAGGAUAUAAUUAUC